GCUAGCCGCUAACACUUGCGGCGCGCGUUACAAGUAGCCUGUAGCGAUAGAGUUACAGCCAACCAAAAGUUACCUACAGCUCACUCCAACGGGCGCAAGAACCAAAGAGGCAAGAGCCAGGCCCAGAGGCCAGAGCCACCAGACCAGAGGCGUGACUGACUGAGGGGGUUGAGAGCAGAGUGGGCGAAGCAGAGAGGCAGAGGAAGAGGGAGCGCCAUCAGCCAUGGGCGAGGAGGAGAAGGUGAAGGAGUCACCGGCCGACAGUGGCAAGGAGGCAGAGGAGAAGAAGGGCGAGGGGGGAGGAAGGGAGGAGAAGGGGGAGGACAAGAAGGAGGAGGCGCCUCUGCCGCCGCCGCCGGAGGAGGUGGUGAUGCGGGUGUUCAUGCACUGCGAGGGGUGCUCGCGCAAGGUCAAGAAGAUCCUCAAGGGAUUUGAUGGUGUGGAAGAUGUUAGUGCAGACUCUAAGGCACACAAGGUGGUCGUGAAGGGGAAGAAGGCAGCUGCUGACCCAAUGAAGGUGGUGGAGCGCGUGCAGAAGAAGACAGGCCGCAAGGUUGAGCUUCUCUCGCCAUUGCCACUGCCAAAGGAGAAGAAGGAAGAUGAGAAAAAGGAAGAGCCUGAACCACCAAAACCUGAAGAGAAGAAAGAGGAGCCCAUGGUUGUUGCCGUCGUGCUCAAGGUGCAUAUGCAUUGUGAGGCCUGUGCGCAAGUGAUCAAGAAGAAAAUCCUCAAGAUGAAUGGGGUGCAAUCAGCAGAACCAGACCUGAAGGCUUCUCAAGUCACUGUGAAGGGCGUGUUUGAAGAGGCUAAGCUCGCUGAUUAUGUGCAUAGGCGCACUGGCAAGCAUGCUGCUAUUGUCAAGUCUGAGCCGGUUGCAGCUGAGAAUGCUGGCGAUGGCAAUGCCAAAGACGACAAGAAGGCAACUGAAGGCGAUGAGGAGAAGAAGGAUGAUAACAAGGAGGAAAAGAAGGAUGGUGGAGAUACCGGUGUAGACGAGAAAGAAGCGGAUAAACAGAAGGAUGAUAGCAAUGCUGGUGGUGGUGAAGAGAAAGACCCUGCAGCCAUGGCUAACCUGUAUAUGCAUUACCCAAGAUUCAACCACCCGAGCGGAUAUGGUGCUCCCGGCUAUGCCUACCAAUACGCACCUCAGCUCUUCAGCGAUGAGAAUCCGAAUGCUUGCUCGGUGAUGUGAAAAGCCAGAACCAUGAGAUCUUAAGUGGGUAAAUAAGAGGGGAAUUGGGUUAUCCCUUAAUUUUGGAGGUGUAUCGCAGGAACUGCCCUUGAGGGGGUGAUAUUGGUAGCUUCAACAAAGGCCCGCGCUAUUUUGUCUAGAACUCUAGACUUCUCCCCCCCCCCCCACCUCCUCUUAGCUUGAACUUCUUUUACUUUAUGGAUAUUAUCUAUGUAAGCUAAUUACUAGGAUUUUGCCUUGUACUUUCUCAUCUUUUGACUUCUUUUUUUUUUUGUAUAAAUUGUAUAAUAUUGUUAGUUUUGA